AUGCACAAGCUUACAAGCACACCACCACGCGAGUUCAACCACCACAACACAUCAUUCUCUCACACCUUCUCACAAAGCACUACUCCACUCUACCACACCCUUACAUCACAUUCCAACUCUAUCUCACCUUCCACAACUCUAUCAGCCAAGAUGGUCAAAGUCUACAAGAACCAGUACCUCAGCGAGAAGCAGUGCCAGAAGGCCUACGCCGCCUAUGCCCUCAACAUUGACAAUCGCUGGUUCGACGUCAAGUUUGGUACAGUUGGCGAGCCCUACGAGAUCAUUGGCGCCAACAAGUCCUUCCGCUCGGGUAUCAAUGGUGUCAUCUUCCGCACCAUGACCAUGAAGACCACCGAUGUCAAGUUCAGAGUUGUCGUCUACCGUGGUGAGAGUGUCAAGUAUGUCCAGGACUCUUUUGAGCUCGACGUUGGCAACAAGAUGGAGAUUCUCAAGGUCAUGCGCGAGAGGGCCACUGGAGGGAAGCAGGAAAAGGUGUUCUACGUUGAGGAUCAGGCUUGA